CUGCUGUGGGCUCAGAGCAGGGCACAGGACACCCCAACAGCCAGGGCACAGCUCCCUGUCCCCCCCAGCCCGCUCUGUCCCUGCUCUGGGCUCCGAGCACCCCAAACACCCGGGGGAUGGCUCCCUGUCCCUGCCCUGGGCUCCGAGCCCCCCAGCCGCUCCUCCCCACCUCUGUACAACAUGUAAAGAUACCCACUCCUGUAUUGCCGUUUCGUGGUUUCAUUUGAUUUGAUUGGCAGCUACGAUUAUUAUUUUUUUUUUCUCUGUGGUUUUAAUUUAUCUGAGGGCUCUGCCUCCAGAGGACGUGUACAAUUGCCUGGACGACUGUUUGCUUUGUGCGGCCUUAGUGUAUUUAUUGACAUUCGCGCGUGUGGGGCGGCCCCGCGCUCUCGGUAGCUGACUGUACACCAGUGUCAAACUGUUAAGCUAUUUCUUUGUAAAAUAGUCCCGCGGAAUGCAUAGAAUUUUUUUCCUGUAAAGUAUUUUUUUAAUAAACAAAAGUCUGAUUUUGUCCUUUACCCGCCUGGCCUCGUCUGAUCCUCGGGGGGGCUGGGGGCGGCGCUCGGCGCUCGGCUGGCGCUGCCUGCGUGGGUGUGGGGGCGCGGCAGGCGGAGGCAGUCGAGCGCCGGGCGGUUUCCAGGGUAACGGGAGCGGGCCCGGUCCCGGUGCCGGUGCUGGGCCCGGUGCCGGUGUCGGGCCCGGUGCGGCCCCGCCGCUCCCCAUGGCCUGCCGCGAUGCCAUUUCAUGGUACCAGAAGAAGAUCGGGGCCUACGACCAGCAGAUGUGGGAGAAGGCCGUGGAGCAGACCCAGAUGAAGGGCUUCAAGAACAAGCCGAAGAAGAAGGGGCACAUCCAGCCCGACCUGAUCGACGUGGAUCUCAUCAGCGGCUCCACCUUUGCCAAAGCCAAGCCUGAAAUCCCCUGGACGUCGCUGACCAGGAAGGGAAUUGUGAGGGUGGUGUUCUUCCCCCUCUUCAGCCACUGGUGGAUUCAGGUCACCUCCCAGAGGAUUUUUAUGUGGCUCUUGCUGCUCUAUGUCAUGCAAGUGGUAGCAGUGGUGCUGUACUUCCUGGUGCCCGCUGUGAGUGCCAGUGAAGUGAUGGGACCCCUGUGCCUGAUGCUGCUGCUGGGCACAGUUCACUGCCAGAUCGUGUCCACGCAGGUGAGCAGAGCUGCAGGGAGCAACGGGCUGAGCCGGCGCCGCAGGAAGUUCCGCAAGGCCGUGGGUGUGGAUGGCAGCAGCUGGAGUUCUGACAGAGCCAGCAAGGAGGAGCAGGCUGCAUCUCUGCUGGCCAAUUUGUCCAGCCUGCUCUUCCAGAGGAGGAAUAGAGGAGUAAAGCUGGUAGCUGAGAAAGGGACUGAGACAGAAAGUGGUGUGAGUGCUGUGGGUGAUGGCAUCAAACCCAGACAGGCCAGAUCUGAGCACAGGCUGCUGCACUGCAAAGAGAAAAGUAAACUUUCUGAUGAGGAGAAGAGCCAUCAGGAUGAUGGCACCACCAGGGACGGUGCUUCUGACGAGCUGUCGAGCGAGGAGGAUGCUGAGGAUGCUGAGGAUGCUGAGGAUGCUGAGGAUGCUGAGGCCCUGGCACAGAGGAUCCUGCUCCGGCCCAGCAUGGAAGGGGCUUCCAGUGACAACAGCUACGAGGAGAAGAAGAAGAGGCCUCUGGUUUCUCUCAACCAGGCUGUCUCACAGGUCAAGCAAGCCCUGAAAGCUGCCAGAGACUCUGACAGUGUUGUGGAGUCUGAACUGGAAUCCACAUUGUACAGGCAGGAGCCCAGGCCGUGCCUGGGCGGGCCCCGGAGCUGCGGCGGGAGCCGGCGGGACUCGGAGAGCACGCGGCAGGACUCGGAGACCGAGGACAUGCUGUGGGACGACCUCCUGCACGGCCCCGAGUGCCGCUCCUCGGGCACCAGCGACAGCGAGGAGCGCUCCCGCAGGGACCCCCGCCGGGACCCCAAGGAGGACGUCUUCCAGCAGAACCAUCUGUUCUGGCUGCAGAACACCAGCCCAGCGUCUGCCAAAGUGAGUGCUCUGAUCUGGGAGGGGAAUGACUGCAAGAAGGUGGACAUGUCCGUGCUGGAGAUCAGUGGCAUCAUCAUGAGCAGGGUUAAUGCCCACCAGCAAGGAGUGGGGUAUCAAAUGCUGGGAAACAUCAUCACCAUUGGAUUGGCCUUCCUGCCAUUCCUCUACAGAUUGUUCCGCACGGAUAACCUGGAGCAGCUCUGCUCCAUUUCUCUGGUGGAGCUUCUGCACAUCUUCUGUGGGGCACCUGUCAGCACCUCUGUGCUCAUCCUGUCUGCCAUCAACUUCCUGGAAAGGCUGUGCUUGACCUGGAUGUUUUUCUUCAUGAUGUGUGUUGCUGAGAGAACCUACAAGCAGAGGUUUUUGUUUGCCAAGCUCUUUAGUCACAUCACAUCUGCUCGGAAAGCCAGGAAAUAUGAAAUCCCUCACUUCAGGCUCAAGAAGGUGGAGAACAUCAAGAUCUGGUUAUCCCUUCGCUCCUACCUGAAGAGACGAGGCCCCCAGAGGUCUGUGGAUGUUGUGGUGUCCUCAGUCUUUUUGCUGGCUCUUUCAAUUGCUUUUAUCUGCUGUGCCCAGGUUCUUAAGGGUCACAAAACCUUUCUGAGUGCAGCUUACAACUGGGAGUUCCUGAUGUGGGAGGCAGCACUGCUCCUCUUCCUGCUACGUCUGGCAUCUCUGGGCUCUGAGACCAACAAGAAAUACAGCAACAUUUCCAUCCUGCUCACUGAGCAGAUAAACUUGUACCUGAAGAUGGAGAAGAAGCCAAACAAGAAGGAGCAGCUCUCUCUGGUGAACAAUGUGCUCAAACUGUCCACAAAGCUGCUGAAGGAGCUGGACAGUCCAUUCAGGCUCUAUGGGCUGACCAUGAACCCACUGAUCUACAACAUCACACGUGUUGUCAUCCUGUCUGCUGUCUCAGGAGUGAUCAGUGACCUGCUGGGAUUCAAUAUCAGAUUAUGGAAAAUUAAACCAUGAGCUGGCAGAACACCAGCCCUGGGCAUCUCCACCAGACACCAGAGAAGAGAACCAGCAGUGUGGGCAGAAAGGAGAAAACUGACAGAAAUCUGUAAUUCCAGUUUUUAAACAGAUUCCCAGUGUAUGCAUCAGAAGUUUUCUUUCUGCUUGACUGCCCUGCAGCAUCCAGAGUGAACUGGUCUCAUCAGGGAUGUCAUCCCAUGGCAUGCACAGAAAAACUGCAUCAGGGGGCCAAGUCCUGGCAGAGGGACAGCAAGCACUAAAGCCAUGCAAGAGCUGCAGCUGGGGGACACCAGUGGCUCUGCCUGGGGCCAUGUUUGUCAAACUGGGCCCUGGGCAUGUGGCAAGGAGGGGCUGAGCCCUCCUGGCCCUGUCAGCCUGCCUGGGGCUGCCCUGGAACGUUCCAGGCUGACAAUCCUGAGGUGCCUGUGCUGCAGAGCUUUUCUUGCCUUGUGCCCAAGGCUUUGCCUCCCUCGUGCAGCAGCCCAGGGUGCACCAGGUGAAUUCCCCUCCCCUGCUGCCAAUCCAGCAGCACCCAGAUCCUGCUGGGGCUUGGGCUGGGGCUGCUGCAAGGAAAUCAUUGAGGACAGGAGAAAUGACUGUGGUUACAGGAGAAAAACCUUCAUGACACUGCAGGCAAAGCCUGGAUGAGCUGGAGGAUGUUUUGUCUGUCCCUGGGAUGCUCAGCUCCAUCCUGUCCUGGCUGUGAGCAGCUGCUGCACUGGGACAGAGCCUCACCCUGAGCACCUGGGGAGGAAAUCUGGGGGGAAAAGCAGCUUGGACAAAGAUUUCCUCAGCUUCGUGCUUGGGAAGGUCAUGGAGAGCAGGAAAACAUCUGAACUGGCUCUAAUGACUUCUAUUUAUUAGUGGUGGAAAGAGCAAAAACCGAGGAACUUCUCAUUCCUUCACAGGAGGCUGAAGUGGCAGAAGAAUUUUUGGUAGUAAAUUGUUUACAGCGAUUUUCUGUGCAAGGAAAAGUUGUGAGAUGUAAAAGGAGGUGACAUUUUUAUAUAGCAAAAUGUGCAAAUAAACCUGCAGGACAAGCACUUCAUCAUUGCCAACGGUUUCUACAGGAAUUGAUGAUUUUUGUAAGAUCUUUUGGAACAUCUGUUACUGGAAUGGGGGGUCGGGGAAACACCCAAUAAUAAAUUGCAUUUGUUUUCCAGAA